UCUUUCAAUUGAUUCCUCGGUGGAUCCCAUGACUUGAAACCCUUUGGGAUUUCGAAUUCAUCCCUUCUAUACAUACAUUAUACAGCGCAUAAUAGACUUGUAACCAAAGGGGCCAUCAUCAAUUUCAAUAAAGGAAAGGGGAGAAGAUCUACGUAUAAACAGAUCCAUUCACACAUAUACAUACAUACAUACAUACAUACAUACAAUGGCGUCUCGUUUCUGUAUCUUGUUAGUUAUCGCAUUCCUUGCCAUUGCCGGAGGAGCCUCCGCCGCCGAUUCGUCUCCGACUCCUCCGCCGUCCGGGAGCACCGGAAAAACCAACUCCACGGCCAAGGACCCCAUCGAAAGCCUCGGACCGUCGCAAGAUUACCCUGACUACGAAAUUCCGGUCGAUUUAGCCCCCGACGGCGUCGAAGUCGUCGAGGAUUCGAUGCCGGUUAGCCCUUCCGCGGCCCACGACGAAGACGAAGAAGACGUAGCCGACAGCUCUAAAUCAUCGCAAACCACCAAAACGACGUCGUCCACGGCGGCAAAGCCAACAUCGGCCUCCUCCCAUCCAGCGGUAGCAUCCUUCGGUGGCGCCGUGGCCGCCGCCGCCGUCGCAGGCGCUGGAUGGUUUUUGUUCUGACGUCUCCCAUGCAAAUUGCAUGCAGACGUGAACGUGUGGAUCAGAUUUUUUCACGUGAGAGAUGGCAGUGUGUUAACGUUUGGUUGUCGGUUUGUGGUUUUAGGUGUGGUUUGACUCGAUCGUGCGUUUGUGAUAACUAACACGAUAGAUUUGAAAUCGUCAGAUUUUUUUUUAUGGAUUAUGCCCAAAAAAGAAAAAGAAAAAAAAAACAUUGGAGUUCCUUUUUUUUGGUUAACUUAUAUUGCAUGGAUUAAAACAGCGUUAUUACAACGU